CAGAAAUACAAUUAACAUUUCCGGAGAUCAUGGAGCAAUCGUGGUCCUGAUAUUCUCAUGUGGUGAUCGUAUCAGAGAAGACAAAACUUUGAGUGCAAAAAGUGACAGUGUGCUAGUCAUCGUUACUAAAUAUAAAGAAAUCUAUUUAUAAAACCAAACAUUUCUCGGAGCCAGAAUGGAGGAAACGUCUGAGAGAGGAUACUUUCAUUGGGCAGAUUGGCUGGUGUUCGGGCUGAUGCUCGUCGUGUCUGCCGCCGCGGGAUUAUGGCAUUACAGAAAAGCACAGAAGUCGACCACCGUAGAUUAUCUCCUUGGAGGAAAGAGCAUGACACUUUUUCCCGUCUGCUCUUCCCUCAUCGCAAGCUUCAUAUCUGGCGUAACGAUUCUUGGAACACCGGCUGAGAUAUAUAAUUUUGGGACCCAAUAUUGGAUCACUAUUAUCUCUAUAUUUUUCUCGGGUGUAGUAGUGGCCACUAUCUACGCCCCCGUCUUCGUCAAGUUGCAACUUAAUUCCGUUUAUGAGUAUUUGGAGAUAAGGUUCAAUCGCGGAGUAAGGACACUCAUAUCGCUGAUCUUCGUUAUUGACUUGGUUCUCUACCAAUCGAUCGUGGUUUACGUUCCAGCGUUAGCGCUAAAUCAAGUGAGCGGCUUUGAUGUGCAUUUGAUCGGGGCCGUUAUGUGUUACGUGUGCGUGUUCUACACCGUCCUAGGCGGCAUCAAAGCGGUGGUUUGGACGGACAUCAUGCAGGUUGCAGUUAUGAUUUUUGGCGUGCUAACUGUUUGCGUUUUGGGCACCUAUCAACUUGGCGCUGCAAAAAUAUGGAAGGAGGCCUCGAAUACCAAUAGAAUCGAGUUUUUGAACUUCGACCCAUCUCCUUACACAAGGCACACGGUGUGGACGGUGUUGAUUGGUUCCUGGCUGUAUACCACUGCUUAUGUAGCUGUGAAUCAAACCACGGUACAACGGUACAAAUCGCUGAAAGAUUUGGCAACAUCCAAACUAGCCAUAGCAAUAUCCACUAUCGGCAUUAUGUUGUUCAUUUCACUGUGCUGCUGGUGCGGCCUUAUCCUUCUAGCCUGGUGGGCGCCACCAAAAUGUGACCCCAGAGCUCUUGGUCAGAUCACUGCCGACGAUCAAUUAUUGCCCGCUUAUGUUAUGGAAAUCGCUGGACAUUUGCACGGAGUACCAGGCCUUUUUAUCGCCGCCAUUUUUGGAGCUGCUCUCAGCACGCUUUCCGUCGGCUUCAAUUCAACGUCCGUCGUCCUCCAGGAAGAUUUCGUGAAGGGUUGCUUCGGUCUGCAGCUGAGCGAACGGUGUUCCUUCAUCUUCGUGAAAGUUGUUGUUGUAAUUCUCGGUUCAAUAGCUCUGGGCUUGUUAUUCUUAGUUGAAAAAUUGGGAGGAGUCUUAGCCAUUACCGGAAGUCUAGCAGCCAUCGCAGCAGGUACUUCUUUCGGAGUGUUCACGUUAGGUAUCCUCUUCCCGUGGACAAACGCCAAAGGCGCACUUGCGGGUGCUGUUGUAGGAUUCGUGGUCGCUGGCUGGGCCAGUUUAGGUGCGCAAUGGUCUAUCGGUGCCGGGGAAUUGGUCCCAAAGAAACUUCCGGUACCCCUUUCUCAGUGUCCAGCGAACAUCUCUGAAAGUUUCCUGAAGCAGUUCGAGCAUCCAGACGAAGAUAAUGUAUUUCCUCUGUAUCGAUUAUCGUAUCAUUGGUUCACUGGAUUGGGCACGAUAAUUGUAAUCGUCGUAGGUAAUUUCGUUAGUUGGUGGACUGGUCCAUUGGAUCCUUCUUCCGUCGACAAAAAAUUACUCUCACCGAUAAUUUACCCAUUAUUACCGAAGCCAAAGUACCAGACUUGCGACAGUACUGCAACAGUAGCUGGACCUAGUGAUCUGCAUGCAACAGCGAGUCUCUUACUAGCUGAUUUGAAAAAGAAACGAAGAAGCGAAAAUUUCCCCAAUGGCGUUACAAUGCAGUCCACGUUCCGAAGUUGAGUAUUCGCUGAACGUGUAAACAAACUGUCAAAUCAUUUCCGCGCGUUGCUGAAGACGCUACCAUGGUUGAAAUGACGUUUUCAUCCACGAUUCCGCUCGGGGUUUCAAACCGCCUGAAGCGAUCGCGAAGUCAUCUUUCGGUUCGGCCCCUUUUGCAGUAUUCAUACAUAGGUAGAUACAAUGUAGACAAUAGUAUACACGUUUUGUUCAGCAGGAAUCUCGUAGAGCGAGUGAUAUGUCGUUAUUCAAUUUAGGUAAAUGCACAAACAAAGGCAAGUUUCUCCUUGUGUACUCGCGCAUUGAGACAGUUACUAGAAUAGAAACACUUGUGUAAUGUUUUAUAAUUUGUAGAAGAAAUAAAUUUUUGUAUCAAACUACACGAGCCACUUCUGU